AACCAACUGACUGAAGAGCAGACUGCAGAAUUCAAAGAAGCUUUUUCACUAUUUGACGAGGAUGGUGAUGGAACUAUAAUAACAAAAGGAACUGGGAACUGUAAUGAGGUCUCUUGGACAGAAUCCCACAGAAGCAGAGUUACAGGACAUGAUUAAUGAAGUAGAUGCUGAUGGUAACGGCACGAUUGACUUCCCUGAAUUUCUGACAAUGAUGGCAAGAAAAAUGAAAGACACAGACAGUGAAGAAGAAAUUAGAGAAGCAUCCUGUGUGUUUGAUAACGAUGGCAAUGGCUGUGUCAGCGCAGCAGAGCUUCGCCAUGUGCUGACAAACCUCGGAGAGAAGUUAACAGAUGAAGAGGUUGAUGAAAUGAUCAGAGAAGCAGAUAUUGAUGGUGAUGGUCAAGUAAACUAUGAAGAGUUUGUACAAAUGAUGACAGCAAAGUGAAGAUAUUGUACAGAAUGUGUUAAAUUUCUUGUACAAAAUUGUUUAUUUGUAUUUUCUUUGUAACUUAUCCAUAAAAUGUUUCUCACUAAUGCCAAAAAAAAUGCACAUAUCGUAAUUAGGACUUCAUUCCUCCAUGUUUUCUUCCCUUAUCCUUAUCUUACUGUCAUUGUCCUGAAACCUUACUUUAGAAAAUUGAUCAAGUAACAUGUUGCAUGUGGCUCACUCUGGAUAUAUCUAAGCCCUUCUGCACAUCUAAACUUAGAUGGAGUUGGUCAAAGGAGGGAACAUCUGGGUUAUGCCUUUCUUAAAAGUAGUUUUUUUAGGAACUGUCAGCAUGUUGUUGUUGAAGUGUAGAGUUGUGACUCUGCAUGGACUAUGGACAGUCAACAAUAUGUACUUAAAAUAAAAGUUGCACUAUUGCAGCU